CCACCCCUCCCGUCAGUCGUUCCAGAGUGAGUCCUUUGUGCUGCUUGCCUGGUCUCUGAUCCUGGCUCCCACCCACUUAUGGCCUCCUGGGGCUCCACAGCCCGUUUGGCCUAGAUCCCCUUUCCAGCCACGACCUGCCACUUGGCUUUGUCCCUUCAGGGGCAGAGGGGCUGUGGCAGGGCCCUACUGCUCUGGGCAUCGGGACAAGGGGCACCAGAGAGGGAGCAGGGAAAACCCGGCACAGGAAGCCAGAGGUGCUCUCCCUGGACCAUGGUAGUAUCCAGAGACCCUCUCUGCCAGCCUUGCCAAGUGGGCCUAUUGUCUGUGUGAUUAGCAGUGCCCACUGGAUGGGACCCUCCCUGGCCCCUGCCCAUCCUUCUCCACCUGCAGAGACACUCAUGAUGACACGGGUCUCCUAGAGGGGGCAGCCAGGAGGGCCCUUAUGUGCUACUUUACAGAUGGGGACACUUGAGGCCCAGAAACAGGCUGUGACUUGCCUAAGGCCACACAGCCAGUCAGGGUCAACACUGGGCUUGAACUCUGGCAGUGGCUUUCCCCUGUGGGUUCCAGAAUGACUGUUGGCACUGGAGUAUCCUGUGAUCGUGUCUGGGGCAGGGAAUGUCCCUGCUACUUGGGGCCAGUUCUCUUCCUGUGGCUUUUCCCCCCCCCCUUCCCACUCCCCCCCCCCCCCGCCACCAGCAGAGAUGAGCUACACGUAAUAUGAACAGAGCUCUACUCCUCCUUGGUCCCCCAGCACUGAAGUUGAGUGGGCCACAUCUUUGGAAGGCCACAGCGCUGGUAUCUCAGCCUGUGUAUCCCCUGGUAUCCCAGGGUCAUUCCCAUUGCCCUUUGGUCUGGACAGAGGUGGAGGCUGACUCACUCCUGACUUCCUCCCCCAGGGACCUACCUCCAGCCUGUCUCUCCAGAAAGCCUUCUACCGCCUUCCCUCAGCGUUCACCCAGCCUUCUCCUCUAAGUCUUUAAUACAUGGGUGCUCCUGCCCCAAGGCUUCCAUGUUUUUGCCCAUUUAUCCCUGUAACUCAGAAGGGUAUAGGGGAUGUGUGCUCCCUGCCUUCCAGGAGCUUCCAAAAUCCAAGUGGAGGGGCUCACCCAGAAUGCAAGGGAAUAGAAUACUGUGAGUCCUUACAGAAGCAAGUAAGACUUCUAUGUUGAGGACUUCAGAUUCCUGGAGAGAAAGAGACCUCUCUGGUGGGCAGUGGUCUCGUGUCUCAUUCCUCAUGCUCCUACAAAGAAGAGUGGGUCUCAUCCUCACUGCCUCACUUUCCCCAUCUGUGUGAUGGGGGCAGUCAAGCCACCUGCCUGACUAGAGAAAGACUAAUCACAAUACUCAGUAGAAUGACUAUCAACUACAAAGCUCCCACUAUGUGCUAGCCGCAUUGUACAUGCUAUCACGAAUUCUCAUAUUCGUGUUUUAUUAUUAUUUUUUAACAUUUAUUCAUUUUUGAGAGUGAGAGAGACAGAGCAUGAGCAGGGGAGGGGCAGAGAGAGAAGGAGACACAGAAUUCGAAGCAGGCUCCAGGCUCUGAGCUGUCAGCACAGAGCCUGACACGGGGCUCAAACUCACAAACUGCAAGAUCAUGACCUGAGCUGAAGUCAGACGCUCAACCGACUGAGCCACCCAGGCGCCCCUCACAUGCGUGUUUUAAAUUUGGCACGACUAGCCUAUCUACCAGAUGAGGGAACAGAGAUGUGCUCAGAUGGACAGAGGUUUAAAGUACAAGCUAAAGCUGUGCCUGUGGGGAGGGCCUGGACCCUUAGGAGUAACUGUCUCUCAGGAGCAGCCCCACCCCGCCCCGCCCCAGGCAGGGACUGAAGAGAGCAGGGGAGCAGUUGGGCGCCUGUGCAGAGUGGUCCCCCACUGGGUCCUCUUCCAUCCCUCUCUCCCAAGGUCACUGACACUGUCACUGUUCCUCUCAGGUCAAGAUUUUCUCCCUCUCUAUGUUUACCGGGUCCCUGGGUAUUUCGGCUGGAACAGUUUGUCAUUACUUCCUCCAGGAAGCCUUCCUGGAAUGCUCACGUCAAGCUGAGCGCUGAUGGUUCCUCUGCCUGGGCCCCUGCCAACCCAGAUUGUAACUGUUUUCAGUUUUAACUCCCUCACUGGACUGGCAACCCCGCGGGGCACGAAACAUUUUUCAUCUGUCUCCCCGGGUUUCUCUGUGCUUCUCAUCUGUCUCUGAGUAUCUGGUCUGCGAAAUUUUCGGUGUCUCUGUCUCUCUGUCUCCAUCUCUGGGUCCCUGAAUGUCUUGGCGUCUGUGGUUUUCUGGGUUUGAGUCUUUUGGGGUCUCCGUUCCGAGAUGCUGCCUAAGGGGUCUCUGUAUCUCUGGGUCCCUAUCUCUGUCUCUGUCCUCUGGGUCUCCCUGCCCUGCCAGGCUGGGCACUGCUCCUCUGGCCUGAGGGGGCCCCUGGGGGGGUCCAUGCUGCCCCGCCUGCCCACAGUGAGGCCAGGCUAGGGUAGGCCCCCGCCCAGCCCGCUGCCUGCUCCCUCCCUCCCUACCGCUUGCCUCACCACAGGGUUUGAUGAAUCAAACUCUUUGUCUGGGUGGGAUCUCCCCCAGCCAGCUGGGCAGAGAGAGGGCUUCCCCUGCCGGAGCAGAGCAACAUCAGCAGAGGCCCUCGGCUCGAGAGGUCCAGGUGGGUGGCAGAGCAAAGGAGGAAUGGACUGUGGGCCACCUGCCACCCUCCAGUCCCACCUGGCCGGGCCACGCGGCACUGCCCGCCGCCCAGUAGCUGUGUGCCAGCAGGAGAGUCUGUCCUUUGCAGAGUUGCCCACCCUGCAGCCCCCGAGCCCUGUGUGUCUGGAUCUCUUCCCCGUCGGCCCAGAGGAGCUGCAGGCUCCUGGCAGCCGCUGGUCCCUGGGGACCCCUGCUCCUCUCCAAGGGCUGCUAUGGCCACCAUCCCCAGGAGUCUCAGACAGCGAGAUCUCCACCAGUGGGGGAAUGCGGCCCAGCAGGGCUGGCAGCUGGCCACACUGUCCCAGUGCCCAGCCCCCAGCUCUGGAGGGACCCUGGAGUCCCCAGCACCCACAGCCACAGCGCCGGGCCAGCCACGGCUCAGAGAAGAAGUCAGCCUGGCGCAAGAUGCGGGUGUACCAGCGUGAAGAGCUCCCUGGCAGCCCUGAGGCCCAUGCCGUCUUCCUGGAGCCUGGCCAGGCAGCAGAGCAAGCCCUGAGCACAGAGGAGCCUAGGCCCCUGGAGCUGUCUGCGCCCUCCCGGUUAGGCCUGGAGGGGCCUGAGCGGAGGCGCUUCUCGGCCUCUGAAUUGAUGACCCGGCUGCACUCUUCCCUGCGCCUGGGGCGGAAUUCAGCAGCCAGGGUGCUGACCCCAGGGUCAGGCACUGGAGCAGCUCGGGAAGGGAAGGCGUCCGGAAGGGAGUCGCGCGGUGUAGAGACGAGGGCGGACGGUACGGCGAUGCCAGCCCCUGUUGAGCUGAGCGGCGGCCAUAGCGGCUGGCCCGAGCCCAGGCUGGACGCGCAGGAAGAGCUGGCUCUGGGUUCCAGGAGCGCCAGCGAGCGGCGCCAGUCCCGGUUUCUCCUUAACACGGUCCUCUACCAGGAAUACAGCGACGUGGCCAGCGCCCGCGAACUGCGGCGGCAGCAGCGCGAGGAGGAGGGCCCGGGGGACGAGGCGGAGGGCGCGGAGGAGGGGCCCGGGCCGCCGCGCGCCAACCUCUCCCCGAGCAGCUCCUUCCGGGCGCAGCGCUCGGCGCGAGGCUCCACCUUCUCGCUGUGGCAGGACAUCCCCGACGUGCGCGGCAGCGGCGUCCUGGCCACGCUGAGCCUGCGCGACUGCAAGCUGCAGGAGGCCAAGUUCGAGCUGAUCACGUCCGAGGCCUCAUACAUCCACAGCCUGUCGGUGGCCGUGGGCCACUUCUUGGGCUCCGCUGAACUGAGCGAAUGUCUAGGGGUGCAGGACAAGCAGUGGCUCUUCUCCAAACUGCCUGAGGUCAAGAGCACCAGCGAGAGGUUCCUGCAGGACCUGGAGCAGCGGCUAGAGGCCGAUGUCCUGCGCUUCAGCGUGUGCGACAUUGUGUUGCGCCACUGCCCAGCCUUCCGCCGAGUCUACCUGCCCUACGUCACCAACCAGGCCUACCAGGAGCGCACAUACCAGCGCCUGCUUCUGGAGAAUCCCAAGUUCCCUGGCAUACUGGCUCGCCUGGAGGAGUCUCCCGUAUGCCAGCGUCUGCCCCUCACCUCCUUCCUCAUCCUGCCAUUUCAGAGGAUCACCCGCCUCAAGAUGCUCGUGGAGAACAUCCUGAAGAGGACAGCACAGGGCUCAGAAGAUGAAGAUGUGGCCACCAAAGCCUUCAAUGCGCUCAAGGAGCUGGUGCAAGAGUGCAAUGCCAGUGUGCAGUCCAUGAAGAGGACAGAGGAGCUCAUCCACCUGAGCAAGAAGAUCCACUUUGAGGGCAAGAUCUUCCCACUGAUCUCUCAGGCCCGCUGGCUGGUUCGGCACGGGGAGCUGGUGGAACUGGCACCGCUGCCCGCGGCACCCCCUGCCAAGCUGAAGCUGUCCAGCAAGGCAGUCUACCUGCACCUCUUCAAUGACUGCUUGCUGCUCUCCCGGCGGAAGGAGCUAGGGAAAUUCGCCGUGUUCGUCCAUGCCAAGAUGGCCGAGCUCCAGGUGAAGGAUCUGAGCCUCAAGCUCCAGGGCAUCCCCGGCCACGUGUUCCUCCUGCAGCUCCUCCACGGGCAACACGCGAAGCACCAGUUCCUGCUGAGGGCCCGGACGGAAAGUGAGAAGCAGCGGUGGAUCUCGGCCAUGUGCCCCUCCAGCUCCCAGGAGGACAAGGAGGUCUUCAGCGAAGGCCAAGACCGCCCCCAGGUUCAGUGUGUCAGGACAUACAAGGCACUGCAGCCAGACGAGCUGACCCUGGAAAAGACUGACAUCCUGGCAGUGAGGACCCAAACCAGCGACGACCUGGCCCUGGUGUCCCUUCGAUGCCACUCACGGAUGCUGCUCCUGGCCUGUGUGCCUGUAGGCUGGCUGGAGGGGGUCCGCCUGGCAGAUGGUGAGAAGGGGUGGGUGCCCCAGGCCUACGUGGAAGAGAUCAGCAGCCUCAGUGCCCGCCUUCGAAACCUCCGGGAGAAUAAGCGGAUCACAAGCGCCACCAGCAAAGUGGGGGAGCCCCCCGUGUGAUGGGCAGCC